CCACCAAUGGCUCUAUAGUUUAUAACAUUGUUAAUGCCAUUGCUACUGAUCCUGAUGACUCACCUCUUUUGGGUCUUGCAUUUAUAAAUGCUUCUAAUGCCAAUGGGCGUUGGCAGUACUAUGACAACAUCACUCAUUUUAGUUGGGUUGAUUUCCCAUCCAAUCUCUCCUCGGCCUAUGCCCUUCACUUAUCAAUGGAGUACAUGUUUAGGUUUCUGCCUAAUCAAGAUUUCUAUGGUCAAACUAGUGUUACAGUACAUGCAUGGGAUCUUUCUAAUUCAAAGUUAUAUUCAUCUUUCUUUUCGCCAGUUGAAGUAACUCCUUCUGGAGCAUAUUCUCCAUCAACUCUAGAGAUGACACUUGAUGUUACUCCCGGUAAUGAUCCACCUGUUAUUUCUGUGCCUAAUAGUCAAAUCACAUAUGUAGAAAAUGGUCCAUCCAUUGUCAUAUUCGCUUCACUUAAUAUAACUGAUGUUGACAAUGCUAAUUUGACAUCAGGAGUCAUCACUCUAUCUUGCCCUGAUUGUCUCCAUGGCUUUUACAGGCCCAGUCUUUUCCUUCAACCAACUUCUCCUGAUGUAUUAGAAUAUGUAACUAAUAAUGAUUUUAAUGUAACACAAGUGGAAAACAACACCAUUCUACAAUAUAGUGUGCUACCUUUAGCAAGUUAUGCAGCUAGCAUUGAUGAUUUUAAGUCGAUUCUUAGCUCAUUCAAAUUCAAAAAUAUCAUGGAAGAGCCAUCGAUUUUUGACCGCAUUGUAUCACUGCAUGUAUCAGAUGGACACAGUUUGAGUAAUACUCUUAAUGUGACUAUUACCAUGCAACAAAUCAAUAAUAAUCCACCAAGUAUUGAGCUACCUUUCACUAGUAUCAAUUAUAUUGAGGGUAGUGGUGAACUGAAGCUCGAUUUUAACUCUUCAGAUAUCAUAACAGAUCCUGAUGAAUCACUACCAUUUUAUACUUUACAAGUUACUUUGUUGAGUGCCAGUGAUGAAGUUGAUGAGUCCAUUUCAAGCUCUUACAAUGCUUUGAGCAUUAAUGUUACGUCUUACAAUGAUUCUCAUUUAUUAUUCACUGGCCCUGCGAGUUUAGCAGUUUUCAAUGAUAUCACCAACAGUAUCAGUUAUACUAAUAAUGAAGAUGAGCCUGGAAUGGUCUCAGUUCAAGUCCAGUAUUCGGUAUAUGAUGGUGUGUAUACUAGCACUCCAGCUAUUCUCACUAUUAAUAUUAUGCCAAUCAAUGACCAUAAGCCUAUUCUUGAUAUUGGCUCUUCUCCUGUAAUACUCUACCAGGAGGAGAAUCCUAUCUCUAGUCCUGUCUUAAUAUUCCCUGAUAUCACUGUCAGUGAUGCUGAUGUACCAGUCACACCAGUACUAGGAGCUAAUGUGACAAUAGAGAAUCCAUUGGAUGGAAGCUAUGAGGCCUUAAUGCUUAAUAGUGUAGUCCCUAAUGUAGAAGCACAGUACAGCAAUGCUACUCUACACAUCAGGAGUAAUGGAGGUGCUCCUAUUACAACUAGUGAUGUACAGGAUGCAUUGAGGAUACUUGCUUAUCAGAACAGAGCAGAAGAGCCUAAUUCUACUCCACGUAAUAUCACAGUAAUUGUGGAAGAUGCAUUGUAUGGAGGUACACUCAAUUACUCUGAUCCAGUCUCUGCUAGGAUUGACUUUAUCCUAGCUAAUGACCCUCCUACCGUUCUAUUGGGUCAAAGCACUGUUUUGUACACAGAGAGCCAAGACCCUCUGCUUUUAUCACCUUCUGCUGUUAUUUCUGAUGUCGAUAACACCAAUUUAGCUGGGCUGCUCAUUAGUUUGUCUGCUAAUUUAACUGAUUUUUCUUUUGAAAGGUUGAGUGUUAACAAGUCUUUACUGCCAUCAUCAAUAGAACUCAAUGAGACCAACACAGAGCUGGUAUUAACGGGAGUAGAAUCCCUGAGUAUCUAUGAAGAGGUACUUCGUACACUCACUUAUGAUAAUGAAGACUUGAAUCCAGUGACUGAGAUAAGAUCAGUAAAUGUUAUUCCAAUUGGAGUGGGAACUGGGCCUGGUCACUCUGACCUAGUGAGGAUAGAGUUUGAUGCUGUCAAUAAUCCUCCAUCAUUUGAUUUGAAUGGUAACAAUACAGGAGGUAUUAAUUAUUACACUGAUUUUACUGAAGAGGCUCAAGAUCCUAUUCCUAUUGUGUCAGGAGAUGCUCUCUUGACUGAUGUUGAUAACAGUAGCUUGCACUUGGUCUCUCUAGCACUUUCUCCUUUCUUGGAUGAUGAAGAGAUACAAGCUCCUACUUUCAAUUCCAGCCUACUACAGCUCCAUCGUGCUAGCCAAGUCAAUUUAACUUUUACAGGUGUAGGAGGCUCUGCACCUAUUGCCAGCUUUUUAGAGGCACUGAAGGCUCUAAGAUACAUCAAUAGAGCUGAUGAGCCAGAUACAACUACAAGACGAAUAACAUUCAUGGCAAGUGAUGGAGCAACAAUGAGCCAGCCUGCCUUCACUUUUAUUACUAUUAACUCUAUUAAUGAUGUGCCUCAACUGAACUUAACUUCUACAUCGAGAAAUUACACAAUCUCAUGGACAGAGAAUGAUAUGCCUAUCACUAUGACAUCAAGCCCUUCAGUAUAUGAUGCUGAUAGCACUGGUUUCACUGCAGUUAGAGUUGGAGAUGUGAAUGAAGUUAGUGGAGACUUGAUUACGCUAAAUGGCUCUCAGUUAAUGAUGGAUCCUAAUCAUAAUAAUAUUUAUAUUGCUACCUUUCCCACUCCACUAACUGCCAGUGCUCUACAAAACCUUCUCUCUACUCUAUCAUUCUCUAACAUUGAUGAAGAACCUCCUGUUACUGAUAGGGUAUACUGUGUCUCAAUAUCUGAUGGAUUCUCUUGGAGUUAUCCUGCUUGUGUGGAGAUUAAAGUUAUACCUGUCAAUGACAAUGCUCCUGUCAUUUCACCUAGCGAAGCUACUGUAACUGUACAAGAAAACAUGACUAAUACACCUUAUAUACUUCCAACUAAUUUCACUGCAACCGACUUGGAUAACGUUGAUUCUCAUUCUAAUCUCACUUGGGCUAUUGUUUCUGGUGAUGACUGCCAUCAGAGUGCAUCAGCCAUGAACAUGUUCUCAUUCUCUGGUGAUAACUCUACCAGUAGUGAUUACAUUGUAGAGCCAUUGCCUUGUCGAUUCUCUAUUGAUAGCAAUGGACGUGUUACAGUAGUAUCAGUACUGGAUAGGGAGACUAGGGACUUGUAUGUACUCAAUAUUUCUGUUACUGAUGGAUUGUUCACUGAUUAUGCAUCACUGACUGUUAUAGUGAGUGAUAUUGAUGAUAAUCCGACUUGCUUUAGUCCUCAGGUAUACAAUGCAACUGUUUCACUAGGAGACAAGAAAGGGACACAGCUAGCUAUACUUACUCUUACAGACUUAGAUUCCAGUAUACCUUCUCCUCCUUCUCUUCAUUUUGGACCAAUUAUGCUUACUCCUUCUUCUGCUGGUUUAACAUCAGUAGCUUUUAGAUUGGAUGAAAAUAAUGGAACCCUUACUCUUAAUAUUGAUGAAGGAAACUCAGGCUUUGCACCAAUGCAAUCUCUUUAUGAAUUAGAAGCUGAUUUUGAGUUUGGUUCGGGUUCUGCCAAACAAUUUGGAUGUGGAGCUGUAGUAUACAUUGAAGUUCCAUUCAAUGCACAUGCACCAGUUUUUACAUCAACAGACUACUCUUUCACAAUUAAUGAAAACACAGCAAUAGAUACACCAGUAGGCCUUAUAAUUAAUGCUACUGAUGAUGAUCAAGGAUCUUAUGGAAUGAUUACAUACUCAAUGUAUCAGUGUUAG